UUAGUAUUUGGUGUGACCUGAGGGAAAAGGGUCGAGCCGAGACACAAAUGAAAGAAAAGCCUCGGACGCAUCGGACCGGGCUGCGUUUGGCCCAGCCCCAGAAUGAUACCGUGAGAGGAAACGGUGAUGACGACAGCGCGUAAAUCGGCAGCUGGAGCCAGGAGGUGCCCAGGCUGCGCGGUUUGAGCGGUGAACACAAGCGCCUGCGAGCACGGCACCGGGAGGCUCCACAUCCAGCAACACUGUGGUUACGCGUGCGUUCCCGUUUGGAUCGGAGGAGGACGCUGCCCAGUCUCUCUCUUAUCAUCAGCGCAGUCUGAGAUUAUUAUUAUUUUUUUGGUUUGUUUUGUUUUGUUUGUUUGUUUGUUUGUUUGUUUUUGGGGAGAUGCCGCGUUAUGUUGUUCCCGCGCGCUAAACUUUAACAGCCUAAUGGAUCCGAUUUGACCAAUUAAAAGUGCCAAAAAAAAAAGAGAGACGGAGAAGUUAACCCAGUGAAAAAAUGUCCACCACGCACUUCAGCUCUCCGGCGCCCAACCAGAGCUACCUUCCCACGGCCACCUACGAGAAGAAGACAGACCCGCCGGGGGUGGAGAGGCAAAUCCGCCUACUGCUUUUCGGCUUGUGCGUAACCAUCGCCGCUGCCACCCUCGUCGGAGGGGUGUACUCGCUGCUCUCUCUCCUCCGGAUGAGGAGGAAGACCUCCCUGUGCCUCAUCGUGGCUUCCAUGUCGGUGGACGACCUGCUCAGCGUGGUGCCCCUCUCCUUGUUCAUGCUCCUCCAGUGGGAGACGGACGGAGAUGGAGCUGGUGCUGGAGCUGGAGGUGAGGGUGGAGGCGCGGGCAGCCUGUGCACUUUAUCGGGACUUCUGUACGUGUUCCAGGGCGUCUCCAGCAACAUGAAGGCUUGCCUGAUAGCUGCCUACACUUUUUAUGUCACCAAGAGGUUUGGAGUGCUCCAGUCUGUCCGCCGGCCCCUCAGGGUGAUGUGGGCCAUCGCCGCUGUGUGGGCGUUCAGCCUGGCCGUCAGCGCGCUGCCGCUGUGCGGAUGGGGCAGCUUUACGCCGGCUUCUCUCGGGUGUUUCCCGGAGAGCGACAGCUUUUACAUCCUGCUGCUCUUCAUUUUAUACUCCCUGUGUUUCUGCGGCUUGUUAGUCUUCUUCAUCCCCCUCACCUACCAGCUGCUGUGCUCCAGAGAGCCCCAGAGAAGUUUACUGUACCCCAGCUACCUGGAGAUGGCGAGGGGCCUGAGCGGGUCCGCUCCCCUCUGUGACCUCCAGUCCUUCUCUCGGGACAGCCUGAACAAAAGUUUGGGCGCCUACAACGAGCUGAGCCCGAGUUCAUGCGGGACUGGGCUCAGGGACAAAGAGGGCAGCUGCGUGUCCCCGGUGUCCGUCAACGGUCAGAGGACAGCCGCCGUGGAGGACACGCCGGUGGUGUUCGCGCAGAAGCGCUUCUCCCUGAUCCUGGCGGUGGUCCGAGUGAUUUUAUGGAUGCCACUGAUGACUUUGGUACUGGUGCGCCACGUGCUCAAUGCACGCAGCUCGUCCCUGGAGACCCUGAGCUUCUUCCUCACUCUGCUUGCCCCUGCGGUCACGCCGUUGUUCGUGCUCUCUGAGCGCUGGAUCCACAUGCCGUGUGGCUGCUUCAUUAACUGCAAGCGGGAUCCAGCGCAGGAAGCCUCAGCGAUGAAGAAAAGAUUUGAGUUCAACCUUUCCUUCCAACAAGGCUACGGAGUGUACAAGCUGUCACAUGCCACCAUGUCUCACAGCAAUCCACACCUUGAGAAGCCGGCCUAUCACAGCCUCUUUAACUGCGACUUCCCCAGCACCCGCCUUGAUGCAUUAGAAAGUGGCGGGCUCUCCACCCUGGGCCCUGAUUUUGAUUUCAGCACCACCUGCCCUGUGGACAGCUCCUCGCACGCAGACCUUCUGUUGGAGGCUGUCGCCGGCGGAGGAGAAGGGCUGGCUGAGUGUCCCUCACUCCCUCACGAGAACAACGGAGAUGAUGGGGACUUCCGCUGUGUCCCGUCCCUGCCCUCUCAGGAUCUCAACCUCACGGACGCGUCGUCUGUGUUCGAGGGGACGGAGAGGAGGCUGUCGCACGAGGAGUGCCGGAAAAUUGAGCUGACAGACUGGGAGUGGUGCAGGAGUAAAUCAGAGAGGACGCCCAGACAGAGGUCAUCAGGUGGUCUGUCAAUCCCUCUGUGCGCCUUUCAGGGCACCGUAUCUCUGCAGGCACCCACAGGGAAGACCCUCUCGCUCUCCACCUAUGAAGUCAGCAGUGAUGGACUCAAAAUCUCCCCCAACAACGCAAAGAAGGUUGAAGUGUAUCGCUCCAAAUCAGUCGGCCACGAGCCCAGCGCAGACGACCCAGCAUCAGGAGGCCAGGCCGGAGACGUGAACGUCAGCAGCGUGGGAAUGGGCAUGGAGAUCGGAAUGGGGAUGUCUGGUGUGGCGGACACCAACGUCAAGAUCCACCUGGAGGUUCUGGAGAUCUGUGAUAAUGAGGAGGCCAUGGACAGCGUCUCCAUCAUCUCCAACAUCAGCCAGUCCUCCACACACGCCCGCUCGCCGUCGCUGCGCUACUCUCGGAGGGAGAACCGCUUCGUGUCCUGCGACCUGGGCGAGACGGCCUCCUACUCCCUGCUCAUCCCCAGCGGAGGCAACCCGGAGACGGAGACCAUCAAUAUCACUAUACCUGACACUGUGGAGGCUCACAGGCAGAACAGCCGGCGGCAGACGCAGGAGAGCUCUGGGUAUCGUGAGGAGAUACAGCUGCUCAAUGAGGCCUACAGAAAGCAAGCCGGGGAGAGGGAAGAGUGACACGCACAAUGAGAGUGUCUCUCAGGAGGGGAUUCAGAUCACACCUCUGAGGGAGAAAGGAUGAAAGACAAAUUUCCAACUCAUUCCACAUUUACUUUCUUUCUGAUCACCGCUCUUACACAACUGACAGGUGACCCAAAUAGAGACUUAGCUGGAGACUGUUAUUAUAAACUCGUGUACUUCCUCGCCAGAUAGCGUCAUGAGAGCGAGUGCAUCACCUGUCUGCAGAGUACAUAGAGAUAAAUUGGCCUGUAAACGAAGAGGGAUAGCAGAGAGAGAGAGAGAGAGAAAGGGGAGGCUAGGGAAGAGAAACAGUAUUCUAGCAGAGCAUCUGUAUUCCUUGCGAGACUUUCACCAUAUGGCAGCCUGUCAUCAUAAAAUAGACACAACGGGAGAGAAAUUCACUCAGACGUGGAAGAGGAGGGGUCUGAUGCGAAGCUGCUCUUCCAGCGAUGACGUCACCGAUGACUCAGCUGUGAGCGGAGGGGUCACCUGACCCGUGUGUCUGACUCAUCCCAGUGUGUGUUGUUGUGCAUUUUUGCGUGUGUGAGACGUAGCCAUGCCCAUAAGGAUGAGGGUGUGAAGAGUAAUGACGUCAGCCAGCUCAAUGUAUUCAUUUGUUUCCCCCUCAUAAGAAAAGCAUAUAUUACUUUUGAUUGCGGCGUGUUUUUCCCUUUUGCGCACGGGCCCUGCAUCCACCAUGUAUCACACGAGUCCUACUAUCAAGUGAGAGAAAGAGAGGGAGAGCGCUGUUCGUGCUUAAAAUCUCAAACAGGUGGAGAGGAGGAGGACAGAAGAGGCGAGCGAUCGAGGGGAGAAGUCGAGGGGACACUUAUGCAGAGCAAUCUUCUGCCUCGUGCACACUCAGUGCAAUUUAAAAGAGUGAUAGUGUGCAUAUUUUACUAUACAACACUAUAGGCAGCAUAUGAAUGUACAUUCCAGAGCCACUUUGAGGGGGAUCAUCUUCUACUGCCUGCUCAGUUCACUGCCGGUCCAAUCAGCGAGCCACCGGGGCCUCUCACGUUCUAUCGAACACUUGCAUAAAUUCAACUGGAAUAAAAUCUGCAUAGAUAGUAUUGUGUUACAGUACAUGGACUGUGAUCUGACGCAUCUUUAUUCACUUUCACAGAUAAUAUCCUUAUAUGCACAUUUACAUGUACACGUUUGUGUGUGUAAGCAAAUGCAGUAACAUUGUAAAAAAAAAUGUGUAUUUCAGAGUAACUUUAGAAUAUGUAUUUAUUUAAAGGUGCACUAUGUGUGUUCGGGGGAAGAAAUUCAAAUCAGAAA